ACCACCUUCUGCAUCACCCUUUAACGUUUAACCCGAAGUUUUAUUUUGUUAAUGCAAUAGUAUCAUUAAAAAUAAUUUUAAGCUGUUAUAAUUAUUUAGUGCUUUUAGUGAAUAUGCUUUCCGAUUUUUCCUGAUAGUAAAUUUAUAUAAAAAUUGCUUCUGUUUUUCGGUUACUUUAGUUUUAGUGAUGAAUGAAAGUGAUUAUAGAUCAAAACAAAGUAUUCGAAACAAAGUGUGGUGUUUCAUGGAGGAAAAUAACAUUUCAGAGUUUCCUCGCCCUUCAUUUUACCGCAUACCAAACUUUAAAGGUGCAGAUGAAGCUUGUGAAAAAGUUGUUAACCUUGAAGAAUUCCAGAAGGCCAUCACAGUUAAAGUUUGUCCUGACUCCCCUCAGAAGCACUUGAGGUUUCUUAUUCUACAGAAGAAUAAAACUUUAUUGAUGUCAAAACCAGGUCUAAAAGAUAGUAUGUUCUAUAAAGUAGUUCCUCCUUGUAAUGUUACAGAUGAUGUUUUACAUUUGUGUUCUUCAUUGAAGGGGGCAAAACAGUAUGGUGUAGAAAUGCCAAACAAUGAAGUAAAAGUUGAUCUUAUCGUAAUAGGUUCAGUUGCAGUUACAUAUAAUGGUCACCGCAUUGGUAAAGGAAAGGGAUAUGCAGAUUUGGGAUACUCGAUCAUGUCUUCCUUAAAUGCCAUUACUCCUUUAACGCCACUUGUUACAGUAGUUCAUGACUGCCAGGUUUUUGAGACUCUACCAAAGGAAAUUUUUGAGCCACAUGAUGUACCUGUAGAUAUUAUUGUGACACCAACUAGGAUAAUUAACUGUAAACCAAUAUUGCCAAAGCCAAAUUCUAUUGUGUGGCCUUUAAUAUCCAAAGAGAAAAUCAACCUAUUGCCAUCACUUAAGGAAUUAAAACUCAUUAAUACAAAACUGAAAAAAAAAAGUCUAAAUUCUCUUGAAUUUACAUAAUCAAUUUUCAGACUAUAUUGUUAAUUAUAAUUAUAGUUAGUGAUAAAUUGUGAGGUUCCUAAACACCGCAGAACCCCAAUCCUUCAUUCCUGUAUCUGUUGUUGUUCUGCAUGUAUCACCUUGAUUGAAUGGCCCCGUCCUUUUUUUGCUGAUCAUCAUGAAUUAUUUUUCAGUAUAUAGAAGUUCAAAAGAAAUGGAAACAUGAAAGAUCAUCAUGCCAGGUUCAACAGUUCUUAAAAUAUUGACCUUUCAGAAUUUUGCAACAAAAAUUUAUAAAAUGCAGCAUAUGUAAAAAUGAAUGCUACAAUUUCAUAGGUGUACUAUGCAAAAUAUAAUCAAAAUGUACAUACAUGCAGAAGUAAUAUAACCAAGUUUUGUAGGUACUCCUUGCAAGUUUUUCAUGUGUUCCUUUUGUUAACACAUCUAUCAAAGUAGGCUUUGCUCUAAUGUCAGGUCUUUCAAAUGCAAAGAAAAAGGCUGUCAAAAUGAGAAGGAAAAAUGAAUGUUUAAUCAUAUAGUUUCCUCGAAAAUUAUAAAGAAAUAUAGAAUGAUAGGGCAACUGAAAAAUAUUGUCUCUUAUUAAGAAUUUAAAAAGGGUUCCUCAGUCAAAAGUAUCCACUUUAAACAUUGUUACAAAGCCUGAAAAAAUAAUCUUGAGUUGCAAAAAGCAGUGCAAGAAUUUUUGAAAGAAGAUAUAAAUAGCUGCCUGGCACCUGGAGCAAAAGACUACAUAACCAUAAACGAAAUAAAACAACAAAAAAUAUACCUAAGAAAUACGAUAAAUAACCUACAUGAAAAGUAUCUUCAAAGCCAUUUAAAAAAAAAAAAAAAAUCUGCUAUUCAAUGUUUUGCAAGCUCAAGCCCUUCUGGAUAGUUCAACCAAAAGUAACCAGUCGAGAUGCUUAUGCACAAAGCGGGCAAACUUUGAAUUUCUCAUCAAGAAAUUAAAUUUUCUGCACCUUAUUAAAGAAAAGCAAGCAGAAGAGUUGUGCGUUAAAGUCUGCUGUACUGAGAAGAAUAAGGAUUGUAUGGAAGGGUAAAAGAUGUGAGACGAUUCUCCCUGUAACGAUGAAUGGAACUGGAACUACGUUAAAAGAAGAUAGUGGGACAUUUUAUUUACAGAGGAUGACAAAAAAAGAAACCAUUAAAGAUAAGAAUGGAGAAGAUAAAGCAAUUAGAGUUACAGUGAAAGAAAAAAUUGUUUGUACAGUUAAAGAAUUAAUCAACAAGGCACAUAAUGAAAUUGGGUUUUUUUAAGCAUGUCUAUAUUAUGAGACAUCAAUUUGGUGCUCUGAAAAAACUGAAAGGUUCCCUCCGUGAAAAUGACGUGACUGUUUUGUUGGACUUUUCACACAAUUACACUUGCAAAUUUUGUUCAGAAAUUCAAAGCAUGCACCUUGGGGCAAACAAGCCUCAAGUAACCGUACACACAAGGGUGCUGUGUCACAAUAGUAGACAGUACUGUGAUUAUGACAUAUCAAAGAAUGAACAGUGCUCUUCUGUUCUGUUUCAUCUCCUUUACGUCCUGAUCCUAGUGCAAUUGGGGGCUCAUUUACAACCUGUGAUAAAGAUGAUCAAAGAAGAGCUACCAAAUGUAGAUACUAUACAUUUCCAAAGCGAUGGUCCAACCCCACAAUAUAGGAAUAAAAGCAACUUUUAUCUUCUUACUCAUUUUGCCUAAAGACAUGCAUUUGAAGAGGCCUCGUGGAAUUUCUCAGCACCUGGGCAUGAGAAGGGCAGAGCUGAUGCAAUAGGUGGCACAAUAAGAAAUGUUGCUGAUCGUGCUGUGGCUUGUGGAGGGGAUAUUGCUAACGCCAGUGAUCUGCUGAAGGUCUUGAGUGAAAAGGAAGAGUUGAAAGUCUAAAUCUUUGAAGUUACAGAAGAGAAAAUUAAAUGAAUUGAUAGAGUUAAGAGUUCAUUGGAACCGUUUCCUAACACCAUGAAAUUACUUCAGGGAGCUUGGAGCUGUAAAACGCCCGAAGAUUUAUCGUCGAGAUUGCUCAGCUCUUUCAGUUGCAUAUUUGAGGAAACAUACAAACAUGUUUCUUCAAGUCAUUUGGCAGUUACAUUUGUUAGAGAAGGGUCCCUGGAAAAAAACAAUCAAAAAGAACUCUGGCAACAUAGCUGUAGGUGGUUGGGGUGCUGUCAUUUAUGAUAAUUUGUGGUAUGCAGGUAAAUUUCAAUUUAAAUUUAAGCAGUCAAAAUAUAGAAAUUUAAUGGGUAAGCCAAUAGUUUUUUCACCCAUAAAGGUUCAGUAGAAGAAAUUAAUAAUGAUGGUUGUGUGCUGACUUUUAUGCAUUGUAGUGAAGACAAAUAUUGCUUUCCAUCACCUGAAGAAAAAUUAUAGUCCCAGAAAAAGAAACUAUGUGCAGUAUAUUGGAUUCAUCACAACCCAUUUCCAGGCCCCAUUUUAUUAUCCAAGAUAUAAAAAAAUAUGAUUGUAUAUUUUUGACUAUUUUAAAUUCAUAGUUGUUAUUAUAAAGCAAAAUAAAUGUUAAAUUAACUUGGAUUUGACAAUCUCAUAAUUUAUUUUAUUUAAAAAC